UUUACUAAUGCAAUCUGUUUAGCUGCGAAUGCGAAGAGAAAGGUUAGGUGUGGGGCAGCGGUCGUCGCAUUUGCUUCGUUUAACUGAAGCUAGCGUAAAUGGAGCAGCAAAAGGAACCGGAGCAGUGCGAAACGGCGGAGGACAUUCUGAUUACACAGUAUGUGAAUCCGCAAUUGUUCUGCUACGUCAAGUUGGAGCAGCUGCAGACUGAGGGCGGCUAUGUGCGUUCUAUGGAGAAGCGUUUGCCGAAGUUUUGUCGUCCGGAUCGCCAGCGCACCAGUUAUUGGCCGGAUAAAUACGUCAUUGUGAACUAUCGGCCGGUGAAGAAACUGUUGCGAGGGCUCGUCGUUGCUAGUCCGGCUCGCGAUAGGUUUCUGGUGUGGGCCAUUGACUAUGGCUUCACCAUCAACUGCAGAACGUCGGAUUUGUACCAGUUGCCGUACCACCUGCAUCAGCGCUACAUCAAUGUCGAAUGGGGCGGCAUUCACUGUGUGGUGCCGCACACGGGUGGAUCGUGGUCCAAGGUGGCAGCACGAUUGCUGGACAAGCGCCUGGACGAAGCGAAGCGUCUGAUCUUUAAGCUUCGGCAUUGCAGCGAGGAGCACCAGAACUUGGGUCAGCUGCUGAUGGAUGAGCCGCCGGUGGAUGCGGCCAGCUAUUUGGUAGAGAUGCAAUGUGCUCGAAUGGAAAACGAGGAGGUCAGCUUGGAGUUUGCUCGUAGAGUCAAGCAGGUGAACCAAGUAGAUGUGGCGGAGCUGAAUGAAGCUGAUGUUAAGCCCAGUUUACGUGUCCUUACCGUGCUCCAGCUGGGUAAGGUAAUCUGUAGUCUGCCAGCCCAAGUGCAACCGCAUGUGACCUCAAGCUGUCCGCUUAGCAAAGAGUCCCAGCAAUACUUGGAUUCCAUUUUAGGGAAUCGCUAUCAUAAACUGGGCUCCAUGACCCGUAACCUCACCUGCCCCUCAAAGCAGCUGGUUAGGUUGGAGGGCCUUUCCCGGAUACGUGAAAAGCUUGCGGUACCCCAAUCAGCGAAGCGUCUCAGCAGAAUUAAGAGCAGAGCCGAUGGCUCCGUGGAUACGGCGCUCUCCCGUCCCACGGAAGCGAAUAAGGUUAAUAAACGCAAUGUUGUAACAUAUUACAAAAAGAGCCUAGAAGAGGUCAAGGAAAAAAAGACGGAAGCUGAAGAGCAGUCGAAAAACCCGCCCAUAAGUGCGAACAGAGGGGAGCAUGAUACUGAUUCCUUGUCUACAAUCCAACAGCUCCCCGAAAAACCUACAGAAGUCCAGAAACCCUCAUCCAACGAUAAACUGCAGCUUCUCAGCUAUGGGCUAAGUCAUUUAUCCUCGGAUCAGAAUCCUUCAUCCAAGUCUGCUAAUUUGGAAAGUACAAGCGAACCCAAGUUCGUAAAGACCAUUCAGCCGUAUCAGAAUAAAGUGAUUUGUGUCUACGAUAGAUCUGUGAAGAGGGACUCAAUGAGUGCAAGUCCGCUUCAGACUUCAUCCCCCAAUUUGAAUAUACUAAAGCAAGUUAAUAGAAUAUUCAUCCCGAAAGCCAUUAUGAGCAGUGAAAAUCAACCUAUCCGACCGGAUAAACUAAAAGCCAUUCCUGAUUCAUACAAAAUUACGAACGUUUUUACGAAGCCGGAUAAUCUUGGACACUACACGUUGAGCAAGGAAUCCAUUAAGCCCACUCAAGAGACGUCUUUGGAGCUGAAUUCGGAUAAGCUGGAGCGCAUCUAUAAAGAAUACUCAAAUUCAAAUAAUAAGCCGCCAGUGUCUAACAAUUCGCUUGAGCUGCAGCGCAUCUAUAAUGCAAUCCGUUUGCCAGUCGAGACUAAUGCAAUAGCCCCGAAGAUCUGCAGUCUGGAGAACCAAGUGCUGGCGCACAGCAAGAUUCCGGUGCAGCCGGUUCACAGCUUAGGCAACUCGCUCUUCUGCCCGGAGGUGCUGCUGGCCAUGCAGACGAUGAAUAUGAAGCCCACGCAGGCCACGCAGCGCUACGCCUGGCCGCACCUGAUGCAGGGCCAUUCCCUGGCGCUGGUGGAUCGCAUUGGCAGCGGUCGCUCCUGGUGCUACUUGCCCCCGCUGUGCUCCCAAGUGGUGAGCUCGAUGGGAACGACGGGCAGUGGCGUCAGUCUGGGUCCCGUGGCACUGCUGCUGGCGGACUCCGUAGCCAACGCCCAGGCGCUGUUCCAUCAGUGCGAUCAACUGAUGACUGGUUACAAGACGAACAUCCUGAAGGUGGUCAACUCACAUGCGCAUUCUCGCCAGAAGUUGCGACUGCGACUGCUCAAUUCCUGCGGCAUCCUGGUCACAACGCCCACUCACUUGAAGCAGCUGCUGCAGGACGAGAUGCAGCUGAUCGAUCCACGUCGCCUGAAGCACUUCAUCAUCGAUGACUUCGAUCGCAUGUACGCGGCUCAGUCCGUUCUACUCAAUGAGCUGCUGCAAUUGCUGCAGAGCAUUUCCAAACUCCGGCUGCAAUUGGUGCUCAUCGCCCAGCAGUGGCAUGGAAAGGUCUUUCUCGAGCUGUUGAGGCGCUUCGACGAUAAUCCUCUGCUGCUCUUUGGCGACUUCCUCGAGGCAGCUGUCUAUGGCCGAGUCAAACUCAAUGUGGCUGUGCUGCGUAGCAAUAGGAAGAUCGCACAGCUGCUCGACUAUUUGGCAGCUCAACAUCCUCUGCAGAGACGCACAAUCAUCUACUGCAAGGACGAGAAGGAGUUGGCUGUGCUACGGAAGGCGUUGACUGAGGCGGGCUACGACUGCCUGGAGUCCAUUGAUGCAGCUAGGCAGCAAGUGAAACAGUUGCUAUUGGCCACGGAUGCAGUGCAGCAGCCUCCGCUGUCUGUGGGCAAUUUUGAGCUAAUGAUUCAUUACAGCUUGCCCGAUUCUUGGUCCAAGUUCUCGUAUCGCUUUCGUGUUUUCAGCGAGAAUAUUAUCAACUGUCUCUUGGCCCAAAAACUGACUACGAGAAUCGUCUCCUUCGUGAUCCUGGACGAGAGCAAUAGCCACGAGCUGCCUCGUCUGGUGCAGUUCUUUGAGGCUCACGACUUUGAGAUGAGCGAGCAGAUGCAGCAAAUGGUGGCCAGUUGUCGCCAGCUGAUUGAUGAAAGUCGUCAGCUCUGCCCCCAAAUCCUGAGCAGCGGCGAGUGCGUUCAGCUGUACUGCAACCGGCGGCAUCAGCCAAUCCGUGGGGAUUUCCAGCGGCCCUGCCAGGCUGCUCUGUCGCAACCAGGCACUGUGUUGCGCGGCAACAUCAUCAAGGUCUACAAUCCGGUGCACUUUGCCAUUAUGCCCGUCAGUUUCAGGGGCAGCGAGAGCCACUCCUGGCAGGAUGCCCCAAAUAUGGCCACCCUGCGCAGGCUCAGCACCGCGCUCGAGCUGCACAUGAGCAUUGGGCAGAAUCGCCGACCGAAGCGAACACUGAAUAUGUCCGACGUAUGCGUCCUGCACCGCCAACUCAAAUACCAGCGGGUUCGAAUUGUGGAUUUGUCCGAGCGCCUGGUGAUUGUGCAGCAAAUGGACGAGGGCACGGAGCUGCUAAAGGUCCAAUCUAUGGAGCUAUUCGAGUGUGAUGCUCGUUUCGCAGUGGAGCCACCGUUGGCCAUGGACGUUCGUCUGUGUGGACUGAUGCCACCCAUUGGCGAGGACGACUGGCAGAAGGAGGCGACGGCGUGGGUGACGAAGCUGCUGACCAACCUCAAUGAAAACCAACAUUUGCAAUUAACCGUAGAGCUGAGCAUGCUCAAUGUGGUCUACGCGAAUGAUAUGGCCGUGCUGCAGGAUUGCCCAGCGCUACAAACGUGUGUGAGGGCUACGCAGCUGUACGAUGAGCUGAUCCUUCGGAACUAUGCCAAAUCUAAUGAGCAAAUCAUAAAAAACUUGCACAAGCUGCAUGUCGAGGUAGUGAACGAGCAGACGCGAUUUCAACAAGAAUUGCCAGGUUUAGAGGCUGGCCCAAGGGCAGACGAAGAGGCGGUGAAGCAGAAUGAGCUGGACCAAGAUAAAGCUAAGCAGGAUGAGGGUCUUGAAGAGAUACCCAAAAUCACAGACUGUGUAGAGAAUGGCGAGCUAAUGCAAUCCGCUUUCAGUUGUCAGAUAAAUUCCUUAGAUAAAUACUCGAAUGAAAAUGUUAAGGAGAUGUUAACUAAGUCCGAGGGGAUAGAGCUCCAACACGAUAGCAAAUCCCCAUUUAAAAACCUUGAUAAUACGAAUGAUGAGUCAGAGAAGAUUGAUACAGAGAUAAAUAUCGAGAAAGAAAACGAUUGCCCCGCCAACCACUUGAUUAACAAGGAUACGCUAGCUUCCAAGGAAUCAAUUGAGCUUCAAGAGGAGCUUCAAGAGGAGCUUCAAGGGCAGCCAAGUGACUCCACGUACCUCAAAGACAGCAUGUAUACAUUUAUGGAGAUUCUGCUGAAGGAUCUGAAUUCCGAUGAUGCAGCGCUUCAAGACGCAGCCAAAAAUAUGAUGGAAGGAAUACUGGCAACUGAUAAGACAAGCCCCCAAAAACCAAAUACUCCUAAAUUGGAAAGCAAUGGCGAUAUAUUGCCAAAGUCCAAGCUACAGUUAACACCCGCUAGGUUGGCCAGUGCCUUAUGCUGUGCUGCCGUCGCCGACAAUGCAGUGCGUCCAAGGGUGUGCUGGCAUCAGACUCUGCUGCAGCUAGAGCUCAUCAUCGAGCAGGAAGUGCCACAAUACCAGCUCGUGCAUCGGGACAAUGUCCUCUUCUAUCAGGUCACCGAGACGACGCCGCCGCAACGCUGCAUACUCAAUCUGCUGGGCGAGGUGAAGAUAUUAUCGGAGCAGCAGCACGGCUAUCGGCUGCACAUUAAACUGGCCAAGGUUGGCCUCCGUGUCUACUGGCCCACUUUGCUGGACUCUUUGUCUGCGCAGCAGCACUGCCAUUGGCUGGUCUAUGACACGGAGCGCGCCAAGAUUCCUCACUCCAACGCGGGUCGCAUACAUUGGAUGCGCUACAUCCGCAAGCAAUAUGUUCAGCAGGAGGGCGAAAGCGACGAUGGCGACGAUUGGCCAUCGGAUGACCGGAAUGAUUUGUCGGACAUAGAUGUCGGUAUAAACGAAACUGCAGAUAUAUAGAAACUCUACAAUAGA